UGCUGUGCGGGCAAGGAGAGAAGACGGGAAACAGCAUGGGAAGAAAGACUAUUUUGCUCCUGUUGGUGGGCAUUUUCACGGCAUAUUAUGUUUAUACACCUCUCCCAGAUAACAUUGAGGAGCCAUGGAAACUAACUGGGUUUCACCUCAUGUUUAAAACUGUAUCAAAUGUGGCCCUGGUUGGUGAACUCCUGGGAAUCAACCAUUUCAUGAACACUGCAAUGUUUCUCAUGAGCUUUCAAGAUGUCCCACCCACAUCUGAUGAAACUGUCACUGUGAUGGACACCACUUUCAGCAAUGUUCCUGUCCGUGUAUAUAUACCAAAGCGCAAGUCAGAGGCGCUAAGAAGGGGCUUAUUUUACAUUCAUGGUGGUGGUUGGUGUUUGGGAAGUGCUACUCAUUAUUCUUAUGAUAUACUGUCAAGACGAACAGCUAAUAGACUUGAUGCUGUUGUCAUUUCAACCAACUAUAGACUAGCACCUAAAUACCACUUUCCAAAUCAAUUUGAAGAUGUGUAUAAUGCAUUAAAGUGGUUCUUACGCCAAGAUAUUCUUAAAGGCUAUGGUGUAGAUCCCAAAAGAAUUGGUAUUUCUGGAGACAGUGCUGGAGGAAAUUUAGCUGCAGCAGUGACUCAACAGCUCAUAGAUGAUCCAGAUGUCAAGAUCAAACUCAAGAUCCAGUCUUUAAUUUAUCCUGCCCUUCAGACUCUGGAUAUGGAUUUACCAUCUUUACGGGAAAACUCACAUUUUCCAGUUCUGCCCAAAUCACUUAUGGUCAGGUUUUGGAGUGAAUACUUUACCACAGACAGAUCACUUGAAAAAGCCAUGUUGAUCAAUCAACAUGUACCAGUGGAAUCAAGCUACCUCUUCAGGUUUGUUAAUUGGAGUUCUUUGCUCCCAGAGAAGUUUAAGAAAGGGCAUUUUUAUAGCGGUCCAACUCAUGGUCCUUCUGAGCUAGCUAGAAAGUAUUCAGGGUUUCUAGAUGUGAGGGCAGCCCCCUUGUUAGCUGAUGACAACAAGUUGCGUAGCUUACCCUUGACCUAUGUAAUCACCUGUCAAUAUGAUGUUUUAAGAGAUGAGGGAAUCAUGUACGUCACCCGACUUCGGAAUGCUGGAGUUAAGGUGACCCAUAACCACGUUGAGGAUGGAUUCCAUGGAAUAAUUACCUUUCCUGAAUUUAAAAUUGGACAUAGAGUAGAAAAUCAGUAUCUGAGUUGGCUAAGUGAAAAUCUAUAGUAAAUAUCAUAGCAGUGGUUUAUAAAAAUAUGUAAGCCUCAAAUAUAAAACAUUAGUGAGAAUCAAAAGGUUAUGUUUAAAUUUCUCUUUAUCAUCCCUGACCUUUCUAAGGUCCCCUGAACCAUUGUGAUUUUUUGUUGUUGUUGUUUUGGGAUUUUUUUUGUUUGUUUGUUUGCUUUUUUACUGAAUGGAUUCUCUAUUUCUUACUCUAAGUGUUGUUUACUCACUUUUGUUAUUUUAGAAAAUGUCUACAUUCUUAAAUAUUUUUUCUUGCUACUAAAGGCCUAAGAGAUCGCUGGUAUUAAUUUUGGUAUCCUAGAGCAGAAAUAGACUUGGUCACAUUAAGAAGUGGAUUUUAUAGUAAUAGAUGGCAUUAUAUUGAAGCAAAUACUUUGAAAAACAGUUGGAACAGAAGUCAUAUUAGUUAGUACCUACAAGGUUGUUUCAAGGCACUAAAUCUAUUUCAGUAGAAGCUCUGGUAUUUUACAAGCCAGAUGUAUUUGUUUAAACCUUUUUUCUCAACAAUAAUACUAUUACACAAUAAAAAAAAAAAACUAAGGCUGUAAAUUACAGCAUAAAAAUGAGUAACGUCUGGUUGUUUUAAAGAAAAUGCCACGUUUAUUAUAAAAUAUGUAUGGAAAUAAAAUUGAUAUAAAAAACAUUAUUUUGUUUUGAGGAAACAAAUUUGGAGGAUUUGUAGAUUGCAAAGCAAUAGAAAGCUACCAGUUAAGAUAGUAUGGCAUUUCAAUACAGAUAAGCAAAUAGAUAAUAAAAUAGAAUCCAGAAGCCAAUUCAUAUAUUUAGAGUCAAUUGUUGAGAUAAGGUUGCCAAUCUAAUUCUAUUACAAAAGUAUUACAUAUAUUUUAAAUAGUGAUUAAACAUUUGAAUAUUCAUAUAAAAUACCCUGACCUCGACUUCACAUUAUAGAAAAAAUUAACUCAAAAUGACUCAUUGAUUUAAAUAUAAAAACAUAAAUUUUAAAACUUCUAUAAGUUUUAUUUUUUUAGAUAGGACUAUAUUUUACUUGAACUAUUGCAUCAUAUAAGCUAUCAUUGUAUUGUAGCAUCAGCUGUGUGGACUAUUUCCAGUAUUAUAUAAAAUCCACAAUCUAGGCACUGUCAACAGGCUGACUUAGUACAAAUGAUUUUUUGAACACUGAUGUAGCAUUGUAAUGUAUAUUUGAAUAUUUCAUGAAGAAAGCAGGGGAUUUGUGGUAUUUUUGUAAAUCUUAAUUGGAAAUUACAUUGAAAUAUUUAUUUAUUUUAUUUACAAUUCAGUCCUUUUUCUAGUUUGAAAAAAUAAGUUGGACACAUUUUAAUGCCUAAAAUGAAUGUAUAAGAUUAAUGCAGUUAAGCAGAGAUGCAUAAGCUAGUGCAGUUCCUGAAAUAGCUACAAAAAGACAAGACUGGAAGAAAGUGUAUUAAAUGAGAUUUUCCGUAGCAGAGAAAAACAAUAGGCUACUUGUCUGUUGUAUAAAACAAAUUGUGAAAAUAAUAAAGUGGAUAAUAUGAAUAGACAUAGUAGCUUAUGCAUAAUUUGUAAAUUAUUUUUAAUGUGAUCUGAGUUUAUAACUUUGGCCAACUAUAGUUUGAAUUCUGACACAAAAAAGAAAAUCAUUUUUAGAUGGAGAGGUGGUAAUAGAUAGUGAUAAAACUACAUAUAUAUAUACAUAUACGUAUGCAUAUACAUAUACAUAUAAAUGUAGUUUUACAUAUGGCAUAUAUAUUAUUAUAAUUAUGGUGUUUGUUAGAAAAUUAUGAAAUAAAGGCUAAAAUAAUUGUUCAGAAAAGUGAACUAUUUUAAAUUAAGACACCAAACAAUUAUAUGUAUGAUGCAAAAUAAUUGUAAUAAUACCAAAGAUCAGUUAAUUAAAAAUUUGGAAAAGUACAAGCCCUUUUAAUUUUAGAUAAGUUGUAUGAUAUGAGACACUACCCAAUUAAUACUCUGGGUAUGUUUUUUUCUCCAAAAUACUCCAAAUUCAUGCACACACACACACACACACACACACACACACACACAAAUAUGUCUACUUGUAACCCAAAAUACUGAACUCAUGACAUGGAUAUGUUUGAACAUUCUGUAUCCAUCAAAAUAUAAUUUUAACUAGUCAUGAAAAAAUUAUCAUCACAGGAAGUGUUCUAGCUAGGUGUGUUAGGCAAGAUUCAAGACUUAAUGGAAUUUUAAAACAAGAGACCAUGUUUCCCUACUGCUUCACUCCCCUGUGUGGUUUCUACUGAAAGGGUUUGGCUCAGCUUUCUGAAAAUAACUCUGAAAAGUACCAUGGAUACUCUUUUCUAAAUUUUUAAUAUAUAUGUGGAAAUGUUAUGAAUUAUUGCCAAUUUAUGAAUCUAUUGAAAUAAAUAAAAUAUAAUGAUUUUAA